AUGUCAUCGUCAACAACUUCGUCGGCUUUGUACGCAACAGUCUCAUCCUCUUCACGAGCCACUGGUGCUGUGCCCAAAGACACUGGCAAAUUGCGCCAUCACAACAAGAAUGGAAAGGGUUUCAUUAAUCCUUGGGAGUCAUACGUCGACCGCACAGCGCCACAGAUCAUCUCUGCCUUGAUUUGGUAUACAAUUCUACCUGGUCGUUGUAUAACACGUUGUUGA